AUGUCUGCCGAAGCUUCUACCACCCCCGCUCCCGUCGAGAACACCAACGGCACUCCCGACAACGCCGCUGCCCCCGAGGUUACCGCUGUCGAGGCCCCCGCUGCCAAUUCCCAGCCUCACUCGGCUUCUCUCUAUGUCGGUGAGCUCGACCCCUCCGUGACGGAGGCCAUGCUCUACGAGCUGUUCUCCUCCAUCGGUCAGGUCGCUUCCAUCCGUGUCUGCCGUGAUGCCGUCACCCGCCGCUCUCUCGGCUACGCCUACGUCAACUACAACGAUACCGCUCACGGUGAGCGCGCUCUUGAUGAGCUCAACUACACUUUGAUCAAGGGCAAGCCUUGCCGUAUCAUGUGGUCUCAGCGUGACCCCGCUCUGCGCAAGACUGGCCAGGGCAACGUUUUCAUCAAGAACCUGGACAACGCCAUUGACAACAAGGCUCUGCACGACACCUUUGCCGCCUUCGGUAACAUUCUCAGCUGCAAGGUCGCUCAGGAUGAGUUCGGUGUCUCCAAGGGUUACGGUUUCGUUCACUACGAGACCGCCGAGGCUGCCAACAACGCCAUCAAGCACGUUAACGGCAUGCUUCUGAACGAUAAGAAGGUCUUCGUUGGCCACCACAUCUCUAAGAAGGACCGCCAGAGCAAGUUCGAGGAGAUGAAGGCCAACUUCACCAACAUCUACAUCAAGAACAUCGACCCGGACGUUGAGGACGAUGAGUUCCGCAAGCUGUUCGAGAAGUUCGGUGACAUCACUUCCGCCACUCUGAGCCGUGACUCUGAGGGCAAGAGCCGUGGUUUCGGUUUCGUCAACUUCUCCACCCACGAGAGCGCGCAGGCCGCCGUCGAGGAGAUGAACGACAAGGAAGUCCGCAGCCAGAAGCUCUACGUUGGCCGUGCCCAGAAGAAGCACGAGCGUGAGGAAGAGCUCCGCAAGCAGUACGAGGCUGCCCGCAUGGAGAAGGCCUCCAAGUACCAGGGUGUCAACCUCUACGUGAAGAACCUCACUGAUGACGUUGAUGACGAGAAGCUCCGCGAGCUGUUUGGUCCUUACGGUACCAUCACCUCCGCGAAGGUCAUGCGCGACAAUUCCCCCGCUGAGCCUACCACUCCUGAGGCUGAGACCAAGGAGACUGCCAACAAGGAGAACGAGAAGGCCGCCGAGGGUGAGAAGGAGGAGCCCGCCGCUGAGGAGAAGGAGGGUGAGCAGAAGUCCGAGAAGAAGCUCCUCGGAAAGAGCAAGGGCUUCGGUUUCGUUUGCUUCAGCAGCCCCGACGAGGCCUCCAAGGCUGUGACAGAGAUGAACCAGCGCAUGGUCAACGGCAAGCCCCUCUACGUCGCCCUUGCUCAGCGCAAGGAUGUCCGCCGCAGCCAGCUCGAGGCCAGCAUCCAGGCCCGCAACAACAUCCGCCAGCAGCAGGCUGCCGCCGCUGCCGGUAUGGGUCAGGCCUACAUGGCCCCCGCCGUCUUUUACGGUCCCGGCCAGCAGGGCUUCAUUCCUGGUGGUCAGCGUGGUGGGAUGUUCCCUCCCCAACCCGGUAUGAUGAUGGGCAUGCCCGGUGGUCGUCCUGGUCAGUACCCCGGUCCUUUCCCUGGCCAACAGGGUGGUCGUGGUGUCGGCCCCAACCAGCAGAUUCCUCCCAACUUCCAGGGUCUUCCCAUGGGUAUGCAGGGUCCUGGUAUCCCUAACGGCAUGGGUUACCCCAUGGUUCAGGGUGGUCAGUUCGGCGGCCGUGGCCGUGGCCAAGUUCCCGGUAUGGGCGGUCCUAUGCGCGGUGGCUACGGUGGUGGCCGUGGUGGUGUUCCCCUCGGUGGACAGAUGCGCCCUGGCCAGGGCGGUCGUGGUCAGGCCCCGGGUCAGCCCGGACCUGAAGCCGCCCCCGCUGGUGGUCUCACCGCUCAGGCUCUUUCCGCCGCCCCUCCCCAGCAGCAGAAGCAGAUGCUCGGUGAGGCUCUGUACCCCAAGAUCCAAGCCGCUCAGCCCGAGCUGGCCGGUAAGAUUACCGGUAUGCUUUUGGAGAUGGACAACACUGAGCUCCUCGGCCUUCUCGAGGAUGAGGAAGCUCUGCGCGCCAAGGUCGACGAGGCCCUUAGCGUUUAUGACGAGUACAUGAAGAACAAGUCCGACGAGCCCGCUGCUGAGAAGCCCAAGGAGGCCGCUCAGGAGGCUCCCGCUGAGGAGAACAAGGCGUAA